ACUGGAUUCUUCUCUCUUCUCUUUCUCUGAGUCGCAGCUUCGGCAGCUGGCGGUCUGGUCUACGGUCUACCACUACCACUCUACCAGAGAGGGGAUCGAUCACACAAACACACCCAUGGCGGGCUGCGCGGCGGCGCGCAUGUUCGCGUACAACGCCAGCCUCUGCGCCUGCGAUCCGGGGUACUACUACUACCUCAGCAGCAACGGCACCGCGAGCUGCAUCCCGAUGCCGGGCGGCGGGUGGGGCGACUGGCAGGUGGGCUCCGUGGGCGCGCCGAGGAACCAGAGCCUCUACUUCCUGGAGCCGGUGCUCUCGGUCUACGCCAUCCGCCGCCUCACCCAGUCCCAGGCCGUGCUCCUCGAGGCGACCCUCGCGUCGCUCCUCUGCUGGAUCGCCUUCUGCGCCGCAGCCAGGUUCGGCGGCCGGGACCCCCGCGGGGAGAAGAGGCUGUUCCGGGCCCGGUACUGGGUCAGCCGCCUCGACUGCCUCUUCGACAACAGCCACUGGGCGGGGGAUCAGCAAGUACUAAGGAAAAGGAAAACCGAAUUGGGUGGCACAUUCUCAGUCGCUAGCUUGAUCAUCUUCACUGGAUUAUUAACUGUCCUCUUGUAUCAAGCCAUCAAAAGGCGCAGCCUUGAGAUGCAUCGAGUCAAGCCAGCAAAUGCUCCGGACCUGCUGUCUUUCGUGAAUGAUCUCGAGUUCCACAUCUCAACCAUCUCCAGCAUGUCCUGCACUCAAGCGGUUGCUCCUUUGACGGUAGCAAUGGGGACACCAGGGUUCAUGGACUUCAGGGUGGUUCCCCUGUCAACACUGUUCACCUACAGUUGCACAAACACGAGCCACGGGCCAUCCAUUACGCUCAGGUGCAAUGGAUGCCGGGUCCCUCCAAGAGAUCACUACGUGUCCUGGCAAUUUGUUGACCUGCUGGGGCAGCCAGCAACUGCUGUUGGUUUCCAGUUCAACCUGACCGCAAGGCAACAUGGCAACAAUCAGCACAUGAGCUUUGUGAGUGGUACAAUGAACUCUGACGGUUAUACUGAUGAUGUCAAGUUGAAGACGUUCAGGGGGAGGGAUUCCAAUGUUCUAAAGAUCCAGCUGUUUCCUCAGAUAUACAACAAUCUUGGUAACCUGCGGCUCUUGCAGCCACUGGUUCAAGACUUCACUCAAGGAUCUAUGUUUUCUGAUGUCAGCAGCUUGAAUUCCUCCCUGCAGAACCCUAGGGAUGGAGUGGUGAAUACUACUCUCUACAUAAGUUAUCUCUCAGACUACAUUGUGGAGAUCAGCAAUGAGAGUGUAGUAGGCCCAGUUAGUGUACUCGCAAGUAUUGGUGGCCUUUAUGCCUUCAGUGUGGCAAUUUGUCUCUGCCUCAUGUCUCAAUGUGAAGCAAGGAUAAAGAAGCUUCGUGACGAGGAUACCAGAAUGCUGAAAAUUCUGAGCAAACGACGUGCUCAGCGGAAUUGGGAUAAGCUGCGGAAGUUUGUCAUGUAUACCUGGGGUCUAAGCAACCUAGACCCAUCUGAUAGAACCUGUCAGCAGCCUGAAGGAUCAGUGAUGGAUUCUCGGCAUAUGAGAAGAGAAGCAAUUAGACAAGGAAUCUAAGACGCUAACAGUACUCAUAGAGUUCCUGAUGAAAUGGGGGGAAAUUGACAUAGAAAGAGCUGCGAGCAUCCAAGCAGUUCAAUAUAGCCUUGAUCAAGACUUUUAGACGCAAAGUUGACAUAGCCACUUCGACUCAUUCAGAUCCCUUCCUGAUAUCCUUCAUAGAUGGACCUUUUGAAAUUUUCCCCUCUGCAUAGUCGUGUUGGUCCCUGAAGAUUUGUCAAUGCAAAGAGCAAAAAAAAAAAAGUACAGAGGCAGCAGAUUGUCCAUGUCGGUUGCACCUGAAGCUGCAGAGAUAGACUUCUGGCAUGUUCCUGGUAUAGCUCAGCUCAUUCGCUAGUCACCACCCAGUUUUAUUUUCUAGUUGGCAUUACGCUAUAAAGUGACUAACACGUUGUAAACAAACGGUACACACACAACUAGCAUCCUAUCGUGCCGUGAAUUUGCGAUUUGG